AUGGGACUCUGCCUGGGGAUGUCCUCCUCUGUCCACCUGGGCUUGGCCUGCUGCUUGGGGCCCAUGCUGCUGCUGCUGCUGCUACUGGGGCCAGUGGGCUCGGCAGGACGAAAUCGAUGCGUGGAUGCAGCCGAGGCGUGCACGGUGGACGCGCUGUGCCAGCGGCUGCGCACCGAGUACGUGACGCAGUGCCUCGGGCGGGCUGCCCCCUGCCCGGGGCCACCCUCCUGCCUCGCGUCCUUAAACGCCUGCGAGCAGAGCCGGGUUUGCAGGCCCCGCCUCCUGGCCUUCCAGGCUUCCUGCGCGCCGGCACCCAGCGCCCCCGCCGGCUGCCUGCAGGACCAGCGCCCUCGCUGCCUGCACGCCUUUGCAGGCCUCGUGGGCACUGCGGUCACCCCCAACUAUGUGGACAACGUGAGCGCGCAUGUGGCGCCCUGGUGCAACUGCGGAGCCAGCGGAAACCGGCAGGAGGAGUGCGAAGCUUUCCGGGGUCUCUUCACAAGGAACCACUGCUUGGAUGGUGCCAUACAGGCCUUUGGCAGUGGGUGGUCCCCAUUUCUGCAGGACCCUGGGCACAGCCUCCUGCAGGUGUUGUCCUCCGAUGAGUCCCUGGUGGGAAGUUCCCUGCUCUCCAUACUCCCAGUCUUGGCUCUCCAGGCCUUACUCUGACUAGGAUGGCAGACCUCAGACAACUCAGCCGCUGUUCCCCUGCUUGCGGGACAGGUCUGCGUCCAUGGCAUCUUGCUUCACUGAAAAGAGACUGGCUUACCUCGCAGGCUGGCUCCGUACUCUUGCCCUGCUGCCCCUGCAGGUCUAGACACUGUGUGCCUACCUGCGAGAGCAAGGAAUGUAGGUUGGGGUCUGACUGCAAAGCCUUGGGUUUUCCUAUCAAUAGACAUCUUGGUUGUCUGUCCACUUCUCCACAGUCCUCUAAGACCCCAGAGACAGUUGGGGUCUUCUGUGGGGUACAGACAGGAGAGGGUCACCUUUGUAGCUGAGUCCUUAUCGGGGCCCCAGGUCCCCUAGAGAAGGUCAGAGACCACCCAGACUUGCAGAUUUCUAGGAAAUCAUGUUAGCCUCCCAAGCAGAUAACACCCUGAAGACCACACCUGGACAGACGUACAGGCAAGAUACCCUGUAACAUGCAGCCAUUCAAAACACCCUCCCAGUGGCCAUUCCCCACCAUUAUAGCCACCUGUACCCCAUGAGUAACAUUGGUAGGGUGCUUCCUGGCAUGACGUGCUACCUGGUGGGCCCUGCCUGGAGUGACGAGAAGCCUGUUCCCAGCCUGCCCCGUCACACUGGCCUCAUGACCAUCUUCCCCAUGUUUGCUCAGCACUAAGAAUGGGAUCCAAUGUUCAAUAAACCCGCGCGCUC